UUUGCAUUAAAUGGCAUAUCACAAAAAAUCUUUUACUUGGUCUCCAACGGUUUCCCAAGUGUUAACUAAGACUUGUCUCAUGAAUCUUAAUCCUACAGUAACUGCCAAACAAGGUCCUGUUCUUUUGAAAAUUGAUACUGAAAGAGAACUAUAAUUCUCUAAUGAUUUAGGGUGGAAUUGGCAUAAAAGUUGGAAUAUACCUAAUUUAUCAAUUAAAUUAUAACUUGAAAAUGAAGAUACACCUUAGUGGAUAGAUUGUUAAGUAGCUUUCAAUUUUAAAAUUAGGCUUAAUUGAUGGCUGUAAAACUAAAACAAGAUGGAGUCUAUGAAGAAGUAGGUUUAGAAGGAAUUACUUAAUAAGACUUAGUGGAUGGGAAAGCAUUUUUUUCAGUAUUUUCAUUAAUCGAUUUUUAAUAGGGUAUUAAAUUUAACAGCACAACUUAUAACCAUUAAGGCCAUAAGUUUCAUCUGAUUUUUUUGUUAAAAUCUACAAAUAAUAUUAUAACUGCACUUGAAUCUCCUCCUGUUUUUGUUGAUAGUAGGAAAAGUGCAAGAGAUGAACACAAAUAAAUAUAAUUUAUUUAACCUUUUGAACCUAAAUAUUUGGAAAGAAAUUUUUGUAAGAAAGAAAAACACUUUAAUGAUGUAAUUCAAGCUCCAAUUGAAAAUAAUGAAAAUGGAUUACACAAUUAUUUAACUGCUCCAAAUAUACGUAAUAAAGUACAGUUAAUUUUUAUUAUCAUUUAUAGAUUAAACAUCCAUUAUUUUUGGCUUUAAAAUUUUCUAAAUGUAUGACUAUCUAUCAUCUAAAAACUAUUAUUACAGAUAAUUAUCUCAUAGAAUUUCAAAAACAAUUAAAAUAAAAAUAAGGAAACUCUGAAUAUAUUAUUGCUUUUUAGUCAAAUAAUAAUAGAAUUCGUAAAAAAGUAAUAUUGUAUAAUAUUUAUUUUUAGAUUGAAGAAUCUUUAACUUAAUUAUUCAUUUAAAGUAGUGUAAAAGUUUUAGAAAAAAAGUUUGUUGAUGAAUCACUUUAUACAAAAUUAGAAUAUGACAUUAAAUCAUAUUAUACAUCAUACUCAAAAUUAGUAGAAAUGAUGAAUUCAUCUUCAUCAGAAACAUAAAUGGAUAUUCAAAUUGAAAAAUAGAAUUAAUAAUAAAUAUUUUCUUAAUGUUCAUUUAUUCGAUAAUAAUAACCCAAUGGAGAAAAAAAGUCAGCUUUUAAAAAAUUCAAUAAAGACUUCGAGAAAAUGCCUACAAAAAACUUUAAUGAGUUUUAAGGAAGUAAUAAUGAGGAUUGUAUUUAAAAGAAAGUAAAAUUAGAAGAUGAAGAGAAUAAUGGAAAUUAAAUGUUAUCAGUUAAUGUAUAUAUUAUUUAAUUUAAUAAAUAGAUGUAAAAUUUAAUAUUACAAGAAUAAUUAAUAAAAUAUUACUUAUUUUAAUAAUAAUAUAUGAUAAAUUUGCUAUCUUAAUAGAUCUGA